GUUUUCUGUAGUUGUAUCUUUUCAGAAUGGUCGUGUUCCUGGUGUUCCUCCUGGUGUGCCUGCUGGAGAAGGCGAGCCUCUGCCCCGACCGCGAACACUUUCCAAAGAGCUACUGGCAGCAGCUGCGAAAGACGCUGUUGAACAGCAACACAAUAUUAAGAGCAAAAAGCCACGAUCUCCAGCUCCAAAAGUCCC